GAUGGACGCCCACGAUUGCAAGGUUUGAAGGAGCAGCGAGCGAGGGAAGGCGGAGAAGGCGCUCUUCGCGAUUUGGCAUCGAUCGAUCCGGAAGAGCAACGAGAUGAGCAUGAGAAUCCCGAGCAAGGAAAGAAUAAAAAUCCAGUCUCUCAAGAACAACCAUCAUCUACUAGUCUGCCGGAUCGUCCUUGGUCCGGACCACGCAAAGAAGCUGAGAGCUUGAUUCCAAUUCCAGCACUGGAGUGGUCCUGUCGUGAUCAAACGCAACGAUCCAGCUUACGUGCCAGGAACUUAAGCGCAGCGAUGGAAGAUCAAACAAGAAAGGAAGAGAUAUCUGCAAAAGUGGAUUGGACAGGCUAGAUUUCCAGCACCUUGCGCAGCGGGUCACAGACACAGACACAAGCGUCUCGGUGAUCCGGUGGUGGCAUCCUAGCCGUUGGUGUGGUUGACGGCAAUCCAUAGGAAAGCAAAGGUGGGAGCUUAUUUAGCAGCGGGUGGAUAACGACGAUUAUCGGCCGGUAUAUUAAACUUUGACUGGCACAGAGCCUCCAGCAGCAGCGGUGCCGGAGCCGAGCAAAGCUUUCCUCGCUCUCCUCGGCUCUCUCGCUCAACUCGAGAGAACGGGAUCGGUGCGUCAGCAGGGGUGGGAAAAGAAGGAAGGGGGCUGUACCGGGAUCCUCUUUUUCGUAGAUAGCGAAGUUAGCUCACCCGCACCGGAGAUGCAUCAGCUUGCUCUCAAAUUGUGCUCGUCCACGCCAUUGGCACAGGUUUUCGCGCAGCAGCAGCAACACAAAAGGUGCCUGCCGGUGGCGACUUGCUCCAGAUCCUCGUCAUGGGAGACCGCUAGAGGCUCCGAGUUUAGGGGCAGGUCCAUGCAUGCCGAGGUCAAGAAGAUGAGCGUUUUGGGGUUCAGCAACAGGCUCCGGCUGCCGUCUUUGGUGAGAGCACGCGCCAGUGACGGUGAGAUGCAAGAAUUUGUCGACAAAAAGUCGUCUUCUGGAGGAGCAGUACUGCCUUAUGUGGCAAUCGCGAGCCUGGGAGCAUUUCUGUUUGGCUACCAUCUCGGGGUUGUAAAUGGAGCUCUGGAGUACCUCGCCAAGGACCUUGGCUUCGCUGGCAACGCUGUUCUACAGGGAUGGGUUGUGAGCUCCACGCUGGCUGGUGCGACUAUUGGAUCCUUCACCGGUGGAUCCCUGGCUGAUAAAAUCGGCCGCAGGCACACGUUUCAGCUCGAUGCGUUGCCGCUCGCGAUUGGAGCAUUUCUCAGUGCAACAGCGACCACUGUGCAGGCCAUGAUAGCAGGAAGGUUUCUGGUGGGGGUCGGAAUAGGAGUCACGUCCUCUAUUGUACCUCUCUACAUUUCUGAGAUUUCCCCAACUGAAAUCCGCGGAGCCCUCGGCUCGGUUAAUCAGCUGUUCAUUUGCAUCGGUAUUUUGGCCGCACUGGUUGCUGGGUUACCCUUGGCUGGAAAUCAUGGAUGGUGGCGUUCUAUGUUCACUUUGGCUACUGUACCGGCGAUUCUUAUGUGGCUAGGAAUGGUGUUCUCUCCUGAGAGCCCAAGGUGGCUGUAUAACCAAGGACGGCCUGCCGAUGCCGAGAAGGCCAUUGAACGUCUGUGGGGAAGGGCCAGAGUGAAUGAUGCCAUGGCGGAGUUGAGAGGUAGCGGUAGCAAACAGGAUUCUUCUGAGGAGAGCGCUGGCUUUGGCGACUUGUUUAGUCGACGUUAUCGCAGAGUUGUAGGCGUUGGGGCAACGUUGUUCUUGCUUCAACAGUUUGCUGGUAUCAAUGCAGUUGUUUAUUACUCAACUGCAGUGUUUCGGAGCGCCGGCAUCACGUCCGAUGUUGCAGCGAGUGCGCUCGUUGGAGCUGCCAACGUCUUUGGAACUGCUGUGGCCGCAUCACUGAUGGACAAACAAGGACGCAAAAAGCUUCUUAUCACAAGUUUUGCGGGAAUGUCAAUAUCAAUGCUCGUAUUGGCCCUUGCUCUUUCAUGGAAGGCAUUGGAGGCUUACUCUGGAUCCUUGGCUGUUCUGGGGACUGUAACAUAUGUUCUUUCUUUCUCGCUGGGGGCUGGUCCCGUGCCCGGUCUACUUCUUCCGGAGAUAUUCGCGAACAAAAUCCGAGCGAAGGCUGUUUCACUGUGCAUGGGUGUGCACUGGGUGUGUAACUUUGCAAUUGGGCUCUGGUUCUUGAGUGUCGUCAACAAGUUCGGCGUGAGCAAAGUGUACUUGGCCUUCUCUAGCGUGUGCCUUCUGGCAGUGAUCUACAUUGCAAACAAUGUGGUGGAGACCAAAGGACGGUCCCUGGAAGAAAUCGAGCUGGAGCUCACGCCUGCUGUCUAGCAAAAAGAGGAGAAGCUCUGAAUGACAAUUUUGCUCUAUGAACUGUUUGGAAAAGCUUUCAGAAAAGAGCAGAUUUUCUUUUAUAAAACAUGAUUAAAUCUCCACCGUC